AUGCUGGCGAUUGCCGAAGUUCUGCUCUUGCUCUUUCUCUUGCGCCUGCUCUCGCACUCUGGCUCCUGCCCCAUACAUCGUGAGGUGGGCAGGCCCAGUACCUCUGGGGCAUCUGGCGAUGAAGCGACAGAGCGUCUCGGGAAGUCGGUCCUUACGCAGCAGGUACCUCAAGUAUCCAGGAACAGAAUAGACAACCCAAAAACACACGCAUACACCGGGAGCUUUGGAAAGAAGUGGCCCAACCGUACCGAAUGCCAGGCCCCCGUUCAAUCCCUGUCCUAUCCGCCCAAACGUGAAAUCCACACCAGCCCGUCCAAGGGAUCCGACAGUGCAAAUCCCCCCUUCCGGCGACGAGAAAACCCAACCUAA